GUCAAAUCAGAAUUGUCUCUCAGCUGAGCCACAAAGGUGACUGACUGUUUGACGUAGUGUUUCUUAUUCCAUUCUUUGAUUUUAUAUAUGUGCAUUUCACCAGUAAAUUGUGGUUAACGAUUUCAUUUAAGAGUUUCCUUAAAUAGGUAUAUUAAAUUUGCAGAAAUGAGUGAAUUAAGUCAAGAGGAGAUUAGAAGACGACGGUUAGCUAGGCUAGCAGCUCUUGGAGGAACAGGUCCCUCACCAGCUCCUAUAAGCCCUCCAGUCACACCCAGUGCCUCUGUUCCAUCAGAUGUUUUAAAUACACCAUUGACACGUCUAUCACCCACAUCCUUGCCAAGAAGUUCUACAGAAAAUACACCAGACACAAAUACAGGACAAAAUUAUUCUGAGAAUAAAAAUGAAGUAUCAGAUCAAUCAAAAAUAUCAGCAGAUGGUUUAAUAGUUACCGAAAAGACAGAUAAUAACUUAUUAGAUGAGAUGCCUGAUACUAAAAUGACAGAUUUAUCUCAAACAAGACAAUACAAUAGCUUUGAUUCAAUGGGUGAUGACACUUUAUUAGGCUGUGGAUCUGUUAGAGUGGGGGCAUUACCACAGUCUACUGUAAGUGGAUCUGAAGGAGUCACCAUUAGAGGAGACAGUACUUCUAGGUCAAUAUCACCACCCCAAUUUGUUGAACCACUACCUGUCAGGCCAAGGGCAAACAAUGCUUCUCCAAGCUGCUCUAGACGCUCUUUAUCAAUGGAAGUAGAUGAUGUAUCAGAAAGAAAUUCACAGUCAGAAAAUCAACAAGAGCCAAUGGAGGUAGAAGAAAAUGAUACUCUUCAAUCACCAUCUCAUACAGUUAAAUUUACUGAGCUGACAGAAGAACAAUUAAGAAUUAUUGUAGGAAAAAUGUUACAAGUUACCUGGUCUGAAGAAAGUUCUGGGCGAAUUUUUGUACCAUCUGUAGCUGCAGCCUUACUUGAUAAUCCUAAGCUAUCUAUAGAUGAAUUAGCAUCAGAAGCUUUAAUGGAUGUAAUGUUGCAAAUAGUUGAUGGAUCAGACCCUUUAAAUCACAAAGCACUAGUUGUACUCCUUAUGAAGCAAUCAAUGAAAGAAUUGAGCGAAGAGUGUGUUGAUGAUCUCUUUGCAAAAGACCCAAGUAAUUUAGAUAUGGAGACUGAUGAGGGUGAAUGUCCAUCACCACUUUUACCGUUACCAAAAGACAUUACUAAUCAAGCAUUAGCUGUGAGCUAUUUACUAAAAUUCUACUACAAUGUUAAUGUUUAUGAAAGAGAUAACCCAAAAAAAAGUUCAGUGCCACCGUUGAGUGAUUUGAUUUUAAGUAUGCAAUCAUUAAUAGUUGAUCACUUAGUCUUAGUGUUGAGAAGGAAAUUUGACUUGCAAAAAAGUAGAAAGUCACCACUUCUUCCAUACCUCAUGACUGGAAAUACGCCGUCUGGUCUCAUUCCUGAAAUACUAUUAAACACAUAUGAAGAUCAAGAAGCUCUCGAUGAGGUGUUUGUGCCAUUACUAAUGGGUAUACGCGAAGAGAUGCGUCGGCGUGUGUCUCCUCUUGUAAGUCGGGGUGAGAGUGCGGCCUUAAGGGCACUCCGGUCCCUGUGUGAACUGAGGGAUGGACCUAGACAUUCUGCCAGGCCGAUCUGUGCGCUCAUAGCCCGUCUACCCAGUUUAUGCCCAGAGUCAGUCACCACUGCACCAGGACGGGAAAUUGCUAGAGUCAGUUUCCUUGGACCUUUCUUUGCUAUGUCAUUAUUCGCGGAAGAGAACCCACUUUUCGCUGAAAGAAUGUUUGCAACGGGAACCGAUCAAAGCUUAGCAUUUGCGCUGCAGAGAGAAGUUGAAGCGAGUCGAAACACAUUGCACACCAUAUGCCAUAACAUCCUUUUAUGUCCGGAAGCAAGAGAACCAUUCCUGAUGUACUUCGCAGCUUUGCUGCAGAGGAAUGAAAGAAGAGCACGGCUGCAGACGGAUGAGAGAUCGCUGGCUGGUGACGGAUUCAUGUUGAAUGUCUGCUCGGUACUUCAGUUGCUCUCAGUUAGGAUCAAGCUGGAAGAGAGAGUUUACCCGCUAUACACCUUUCAACCGGGCACUUGGCUGAAUAUAAAGGAUGAGACGAGGUUGUUCUUCACCAAUCAAGAGGCACAGGAUUGGCUGGAUGCGCUUAAUAAUGAUCCAAGCCAUUCCUGGCCCGAAGCAAAAUUCCAGACAAUUUGCUGGUUCCUCACACUUCACAUGCAUCAUGUCGCUCUCAUACCCGCCUUACACACGCAUCAGAGAAGAAUCCGCGCAUUCCGUGACCUACAAAAGGUGAUGGAAGAAUUAAUGGCGGCCGAACCACAAUGGCGGAACAGUUUCACGGCAGUACGGAAUAGGGAAUUACUUCGUCGGUGGAAACGGCAGAUAAAAAGACUACAUAGGUCAAAACAGUGCGCUGAAGCGGCGCUCCUAGAUCCGGAAUUGAUGCGUCGUGGGAUCCAAUUCUAUUCGUCUGUGUGUGCGUUGCUCGUGAAGCAAAUGGACGCAGCCCGCGAUGCGACGGACGCGCCAUUUUCGUCGCCUGCGCACGCCUUCAAAGCCACGCCCGAGUGGUACGUGGAAGAUGUCGCGGAGUUCAUGCUUUUUGCCGUUCAAUACGUCCCACAAAUCGUGGCAUAUUACAUUGAUGACCCGAUCAUAACCUGGCUUUUGAGCGCCAUCUGCAAUUCUCAUCUUAUUAAAAACCCCUAUCUCGUGGCGAAAAUAGUGGAGGUCCUUUUCGUGAUAAAUCUAUCGUUGCCCAUAAAGCUGAAGAAUGUCUACGAAAUAUUCAUGGAACACCCAAUGUCCCAAACGGCAUUACCCAGUGCGUUGAUGAAAUUUUACACAGACAUUGAAACGACGGGCCAAAGUACAGAGUUCUACGAUAAGUUCACGAUACGAUUUCAUAUCAGCAUUAUUUUGAAGGGCAUGUGGGAGCGGCCAAUUCAUAAACAAGCAAUAGUGAAAGAAUCACGUUCGGGCCGUCAAUUCGUGAAGUUUAUCAAUAUGCUUAUGAACGAUACUACAUUCUUAUUAGACGAAUGCUUAACGUACUUGAAGCGUAUACACGAAGCACAAGAUGCGGAGACAGCUGGAACGGGAAGCGAAUCGCGGACACGUGCGCUUGCGCAGGACGAAAGACAAUGUCGCUCAUACCUUACUCUAGCUAGGGAGACGGUGGACAUGUUAGAAUAUUUAACUGUGGAAAUCAAGGAGCCAUUCCUGCGUGCUGAGUUGGUUGAGCGACUUGCCACGAUGCUCAACUUCAAUCUUCAGCAACUCUGCGGACCUAAAUGCAAUAAUCUCAAGGUACGUCGGCCUGAGAAGUACGGCUGGGAGCCACGGAGACUGCUAAGUCAGCUAGUGGAUAUCUAUUUGCAUCUCGACUCACCACAGUUCCACGCCGCACUUGCUGCAGACGAGCGUUCUUUCCGCAAGGAGUUAUUCGAAGAGGCGGCCGUGAGGUUAGCGAAGUCCUGCAUCAAAACGUCCACUGAGAUCGAAAGGUUUAAAACUCUAGCCGACAACGCAUACCAGAUCGCUAUAUCAAACCAGCAAAAGAGCGAAGAAUUCGCAGAUGCACCUGAAGAGUUCAGAGAUCCUCUUAUGGAUACUCUGAUGACCGAUCCAGUCUUCCUACCUUCGGGCAAGGUAAUGGAUAGAUCUGUAAUCUUACGGCAUUUGUUGAAUAGCGCGACCGAUCCCUUCAACCGACAGCCUCUUAGUGAGGAUCAACUGCGUCCAGCUUCGGAACUAAAAGAGAGAAUAAUUCAAUGGCAACGCGAGAAGAAAUCUUCGUAGAUAUUGCUAAUACAAAGUCUGAUGUACAUAAUGUUUUAUCGUGUAAAGACUUAGGACAACGUCCAAUGUGAUUUAAACAUUUCUUGACGAAUAUUGCUCGGCCAUUUGAAAGAGAUAGCGUAUCGUUUAUAGUGUUGUCUCUGUCGCACGCUCGUCAUCAGUCAUGUUCGUUUAUAUUGAAAUUAAUUUGAAGUAGGUUACUGUAUGUGGCGUAUCUAUCUCGUUAAAUUAAAGAACUUUGUUUAUUGUAUAUUACUGUUCUUUUUUGUACGUGUGAUAGAGAUAUAUAGACACUAUCUCUUUCUAAAGUUGGUGCACGUUGUAUACGCAAUUUUGACGUACCGAGGGAGGUUUUAGAAGGAGUUCCGCAAGUUUUUUUACCAUUUCCGAAUACCUAGUUAGGAGCUAUUUAGUUUCUGAGCAAAAUAUAUGUUUAUGAUAUCCUAAAAUUGUUAAAAAUGUCGCGAAUCUUGUCAUUCACUAUGACGCAGUGUGGGACGGCAAUACUUUUCAAUGAAUAUUAUUUUACUUUAAAAAUUAGCUUUGGACACAUAAGAACGACGUGUAAUUUCCUUUUGAUAAUAUUUGACAAUAUUUUUUUAAUAAAAAUUGAAACAAAAUUUGUGGUAUUUUAAGUUAAAUAUCAUGGCCUAUACAUAAAAUCAAAUAAAAUGAUUCUACUAUAUAUACUGUACCGCGCUAAAGUAAAGCUAAAGUACACUUAAAACUCAAAUGAAACUGCAUAAAAAAACUUAAUUAAAUUUGUUGGUUUUUCUUUGUUAUGAACCAUGAUAUUGGAACUUAUAUUACUUAGACUUUGCUUACAUCAAACUUACACCAAUACAAUAAAGUUUGUAGUCCUGGGCUAAAAAUUUACUGUAACGUUAACCACGUUCUACCAAAUGUAUGAGUGAUGUAAGCAAAGUAUGUAUUCUAAUAUAUCACCUAAAAUAAUCCUAAGGGUAGAUAAAGAGAAAGACUUUUCAAAAUUCAAACAUCAUUUAUUCAUGUAGGCAACACAAUGUACACUUAUGAACGUCAAUAAAUAAAUGUACAUUGAAUGCUUCUAAUUUUAUAUUUACUGCCAGUUCAUAAAUCAAGGGAGAGAGGAAAAGAACUGGCAAUAAACUCUCUGCUAUUCUUCUUUUUUUUGCACAAUGUUUGUUCUGCUGCAGCCAUUACAACAAAAUUUCUAUUUACAACAAAAAUGUAUUUCAAUAAACUACCAAAUUGACAUUUGCACAGUACUUUCUCUUUAUUUACAGCGAAUUAACCAAAUAUAGUUUUUAGUUUCACAAAAAAGUGUUAUUAAAGGAAAUCGCAAGAAAUUCGCGUAGGCCCAUGUAGGUAUUAAAUCACAAGACUAAUUUCACACCAUAAUCUGUAAAAACUUAAAAAACUAUCAUAUUGCAUAUAAAAUAUUAAAGAAAACAUGGCGGGCGACGUUUUAUUGUCGUUGGUCAAACGGAAAGAAUGAUCGUGACGUUAUGUCAGGCAUUUGACUAGGAAUACUAUUGACCAAUCACAAUUUAACGAGACGCCAUUUUAAAUCAUCUUUUGUUUUAUCCCUGCCUUUUUCUUUUGCUAUCAAUUUGAAAUUUUUAAAACUAUGUAUGUAAUGUAUGCGGACAUGAAGGCAAAUACGGACGAAUGUCACAUAUGCCUUAUAUACACGAGAUUAUCGUGGUAUACCAAAAUGAAGCGUCAGAAAGAUGAUAGAAAAUGUAAAUAUUAAUAUUAAAUGUUAUUAUAGCAGCGAUUUGGAUAUUGUUUUCAAAAGUAUUAUUCGAUAAUAAGUUUCUUUUGAGAGAGAUUUAAGGCAAAUUGAUUCGACAAAUUGGUAACAGUCUUAUUAAGAAAUGAUUACUGGAUCCUAUUUUUAUUUGAUAAUGGUCCUAGUUUACUUCUGCAUUGAGUAUCUUUCAUAGUUAUGUAUAGAUGUGAUAUCAAAUAUCAUCACAACUAAAGUAUCUCAGAGACAAAUCAUUCUUAGUACCUAUUUUUAAUUUUAUUCUAGGCAAUCCAGAUCAUCACAUUUGUAUAAUUCACAAUAAAAUAUUUAUGGUAUGUCUAGAAUAAGAUUAACAAAAGUGUAGUCCUGGCAGGUUGGUCCCGUAUUCUAACUCUCUCUAUGUAGAACUGUUUUAUGAUCUGCGUUUUGGAAUACAGACCUGGGGGUCUAGUCAAGACAGCUUAACAGUAGUGUAUGUAGAAAGUCGAAAACUAAAUAUGUAUGAAAAUGACAACUAGUGUCGACAGUUGGUACCAACUACCAACUACUAGCUGUCAUUUUCAUACAAAUUUAGUUUUCAACUUUCUACAUACACUACUGUUAAGCUGUCUUGACUAGACCCCCAGGUUAACAUUUCAGUCUAAUGAGGCCUAAAUUAAAAAAUAUGCAAUUUCACGUAUAUAAAACUUAUCAAUGUAGAAUUUUAUUAAUAGUGAAAGCUAGAUUUUUAUUUUGCAUAUAAAUAGCUUAAUAAUAGAAUUUUAGUUUUUAUAUUAUAAUCUGAAUAUGCUUAAUGGUAAUGUUAUUUUGUUCCUUUUUGUUCAAUUCAAAUAUUGCAUUUUAUAGGGGCAUAAUGAUGGCUCUAAACAAAUGUAAAAAUUUGUAUGUCCCAAUGUAGUUGUUAGAUAUGAGAAUUAUUAUCCAAACACUGCCAAUAUAAUCAAUUUAUUGCAGAGGGGGCAUUUUUAAUGAUUUUAAUUAUUAAUGAUUUUCACUAAUUUCAUGUAUUUAUCUUUUUGUCAUGAUAGUCUAUAGGUCUCCUAUUCUAUAAUAUGAAGCCUUUAUUGAAAUGCCAAUAAAAUUGAAAUAUCAA